CGUAAAAGAAUCAACAACAACUACUCUCUAUAUUUUACACACACUCUUGAAAGUCUCUAAAAGAUGAAAUAUAUGAAGUUCUUGAUCAUGGCCGUGAUCAUGUCAGCGGCAAUGCUUCCAGCGUUGGUGGUCGGAUCUCGUCGGGUGAAAUGUGACAAUUGCGUUGACGGUGGAAAAGAAAAGAUCAACGUCAUGGAGAUGAUGAGAUCAGGUAUGGAUAUGAUGAGCCGUCAGGUUCUUCAAGCGACGAGAUACAUAAACUACGAUGCGCUGAAGAAAGACAAACCAGUUAGACCAAAUGGUAAACCUGAUCAACCUGAUAACAAAUACAAGCGAGGCUGCAGUGCCGAUACUGGCUGUUUCCGCUUUACCAAUUAACCCAUCUCUUUCUCUUCUUCUUUUUUUUAAUCGUUUGGUCUUUUUUUUUUAAUUUAUUAUUAUUGAUUUAGUUUGAU